UCUACCCUCUUCCUUCAUCUUUUAACUCUUCCUCUUUCUCUCAUCUUCCAAAAAAACCAUAUCCAAAGUAAAUCUAGUAACAAUGUCUGGUCUCGCUCAGAUCGUCCCCGCUGGUGUCAUCACCGGCGACAACGUCCGCAAGCUCUUCGAGCACGCCAAGGAGAACAAGUACGCCAUCCCUAACGUCACGUCGUCGUCGACCGUCAACGCCGUCCUCGAGGCCGCUCGCGACAUCAAGUCGCCCAUCAUCCUCCAGGUCUCGCAGGGUGGUGCCCACUUCUUCGGCGGCAAGGGCCUCGCCAACACCAAGGACCAGGAGGGCUCGAUUGCCGGCUCGAUCGCCGCCGCUCACUUCAUCCGUGCCAUCGCCCCCGCCUACGGCGUCCCGGUCGUCCUCCACACCGACCACUGCGCCAAGAAGCUCCUCCCUUGGUUCGACGGCAUGCUCGAGGCCGACGAGGCUUACUUCAAGGAGCACGGAGAGCCCCUCUUCUCGUCGCACAUGCUCGACCUCUCGGAGGAGUCCAAGGAGGAGAACAUUGCCACCUGCGUCAAGUACUUCACCCGCAUGGCCAAGAUCGGCCAGUGGCUCGAGAUGGAGAUUGGCAUCACCGGUGGUGAGGAGGACGGUGUCGACAACACUGGCGUCGACAACUCGGCCCUCUACACCCAGCCCGAGGACGUUUACGACGUCUACAAGGCCCUCAACCCCAUCUCGCCCAACUUCUCCAUCGCCGCUGCCUUCGGCAACGUCCACGGUGUCUACAAGCCCGGAAACGUCAAGCUCUCGCCCGAGCUCCUCGAGAAGCACCAGGCCUUCGCUGCCCAGGAGCUCAAGACCGGUGCCGGCUCCAAGCCCAUCUUCCUUGUCUUCCACGGUGGCUCGGGCUCGACCAAGGAGGAGAUCAAGACUGCCGUCGACAACGGUGUCGUCAAGAUGAACGUCGACACCGACACCCAGUUCGCCUACCUCUCGGGUGUCCGUGACUUCAUCCUCAAGAAGAAGGACUACCUCCUCACCCAGGUCGGCAACCCCGAGGGCGCCGACAAGCCCAACAAGAAGUACUACGACCCCCGUGUCUGGGUCCGUGAGGGCGAGAAGACCCUUGUUGAGCGUGUCAAGGAGGCCAACGCCGACCUCCAGAACGUCAACCGUCUGUAAAUGGGCCAUUGUCAAGCUGUUGGGGAUGACAACCCCACAGUGCCCGUGUAGUUAAGUCGUAGGAAGUGCAGUAAUGCGAUAGGUUAGAGAGA